AUGGGUCAAGGGUCGUCUCAACCCGUAAAUUCAGAGGGGCUAGAAAACGAACCCCUCGAAGAUAUCGAGAAUGAUCGCUGGGGGAUCGCGGAUACGAAAUCGACGCCCCCCAAAGCCUUGAAAAAGACAAAUCUCGAUGUGAGGCCGACAGAUUCUAGUACGACGAAGCGGAAACGAAAGAAGUCCCAGGAUCACCAAGAUAUCUCUACCAGGGCAGCGUCAACUGCAUCAUCGCCCAAAGAUGGCCGAAUUUCUCGUCCUGCGAAACGCAAGAAGACUCAUGAACCGAUCCAGUCGAUAGCGGAGAACCUCAAGGCAGACAACCGCAAAACGGACGGCAGAGCGCCCAUGGCGAGUGCUGUCCCAACCGGCGAGUCACUGAAGACUGUCCGACCCUCCGCGGAGAAACAAACCAAUACAUCUCCUCCCAAGCACCCGAGCAAAAAGAGACCUGCACCCACCGUUCAUAUUGAGAAGAAAGCGGUCCCCUCAAAGGAAGAAGACACCACCCCGGUACAUGACCCUGCAGCCCUAGACGACUCCCCCAUAGCACCGGUAGAAGGCAAAAAAAAGAAAGAACGGUAUUCUGAGAAGGGGGGGCUAGUGGGGCAUUUUGCACCGGCAGAGAUGACAAGAAUUGAAGGUUUCAAGAUUAAUUUCUGCAAUACCCAUGGCAUUUCCGGCGCAGAUUUCGACAGUAUGGUCCAGCAUGCAGCACGGGAGAAGGAACAACCAUUCCCUAAUGAGUCCCUAAUAUCCAAAGCCGAUUUCUGGAAGGCUAUCUACGAUAUUCUCCCAAACAGAAAUCGAAGGUCGGUUUACCGAUUCAUGAGGCGACAUUUCCAGCUCUCUACGCAAAAGCCGCAUCACUGGACGCCUGAGCAAGACGAAGAGCUCGUUGAGCUUUAUAAGAUACACGGCCCGAAAUUCGCCCGUAUAGCUAACAUGCUAGGCAGGAAUGAUGACGAUGUGGUUCAGAGGUGGAAGAACCGGUUGCAGCAUCGUGGUACCAUGAAAAGAGGGCCGUGGACGGAUGAGGAAGUAACACAAUUCGAAUCUGCGUUACAGGAGACCCGGAAUCUGCUAUUACAGCUAGGCUAUGAUGUGGGCCGGAACAUCUAUGACAUGGACGAGUCUUUGAUCUCCUGGGGAGCAAUAAGCGACAAACUCAGCAACAGCCGGUCAAGGCAACAGUGUGGUGAUAAGUGGCGCAAGCUUAGGAUCAAGAUCAUGGCCGAACGCUUGAAGGAGGAAGGCGAAUCGCCUCCCAGCUCUGUGUCAGAAAUCCGGCAUACAAAGGCUAAAAAGCCCGCGGCUACAGUCGCGCAGCUUGGGAGAGAGAAGACAGGAAAUAAACAUUUUUUGAGCGAAGUAUUUGUGGACUCGGAUGAUGGUAACGGUGACGAUAGUGAUGGGUUGGAUACUCAUACUGGCAAGAAGACUGGCGCAACGAAGUCAGAGAAUCGUGUCGCACCUGCAAAACCUGCAAAAAAACACACUCAAGCUAAUUCAACUGCUUUCAUCAAAAAGGAGAACGAGAAUUCCACCUCGCCUUCUGAUGACUCCGAAUCGGAUUCAGAAGCCGGCUCCGACACAAGCUCAUCGCCUGAGGCCGAGGGAUCAAGUUCAGACAAAGAGAGUGAUCAUUCAAGCUCGGAUUCAGACAUGGACGAGGAGAGUCGUACAAGUAUCGAGAAAGCCCAACAUAUAAAGGAGAAGCAAGCGACCAUACAGAAAUUGAAAGAGCCCAUCAGAUCAUUGACAGAAAACAAAUCCAAGGUGCCUAGUCUGGAUACACUGGUUACCGGCCAAAAGGAGAGGUCCAAGGAAAGAGCCAACCCUGCAUCUCUUAGCCCCAAGGAACGAAAGGCAGCUAUGCAGGAAAGGAAAAAAUCUCCUGAGACGUCGUCUGACGCGGACUCUGAAGAUAGCGAAGACAGCGACUCUGACACCUCUGUUAACAAGCAACGCUUCGUAGAACAAGAAGCUGCAAACUCUUCUCGGAAAGCAGAGACCAAGCGCAAACCUUCUAAGGACACUAGUGGCAGCAGCACGAGUUCGUUUGAUGAGGGAUCGAGCGGUACUUCCAGCGACGAAACCAAUGAGAGCCAAAGCGAUAGUGACAGUGAAAGCAGCAGUGAGAGCGACAGCGAUGCUACCCGUUCCACUAGCGAUGAGCAAGCAAAGCCGAGCAAAACCGCCUUGAAUAAAGUAAAGCAAAAGCCGAAGCCCUCCCCUACGACAUCCAAACAGGCUGUUACACAGGUGAUGCCAAGUGAACCUACCAAAAGUCCAUCUAUAGAGCCCUCUUCCUCAAAUGAAUCCGCGUCAGAUGAGGCCGAGAGCUCCAGUGAUAACUCCAGUGACAAUGAGCCAGUGGAGCCAAUGAAAAAGCCAUCCCAAGUUAACACGAAGAAGCUGUCCCGGGAAACUAAGACUACGCAAGGCGCCAACGGCGAGAAGCCAACGAAAUCCACAACAAAUUCAUCUGCGACAAGCUCGUCAUCGUCUGACCAGUCUGAUGAGAGCGAGAGUGCUAACUCCAGUGAGGAAGACGAGCCUGUGAAACCGAUUACAAAUGCUCCAUCAGACAGCGGUAAACGCAAGAUUCAAGAGUCCUCCGUCAAAGGACCUAAACAAGACGUUAAACGCACAAAGUUGGCUAAAACACAAAGCAAGCCUCCUGUGGAAAGUUCUUCAGAAAGCGAUGAGUACGAGAGUAGCAGUGAAUUCGAAUCUGCUUCCAAAACCUCAUCAAAUGAGAGUGGAAGGGGAACCAAGCGGAAUGAAUCCCAGAGCGAGGAUGAAUCUGGAUCAGAUGACUCUGGCUCUACAUCGGAUUCCUCCAGUUCUGAUUCCGGUUCUGAUUCUGAUUCGUCAUCUGAAGCCGAACCCGAAGCAGACGCAAAGCCCAAGCCAAGCAGUAUUCAGCCAAAGGGGCCUGUCAAACAAGAUACCAAGACAAAACCGCGCACCGUGUCGAGCCCCAGCUCUGCAUCCGACUCAUCUGAAACUGAGUCUGAAUCUACAUCUACCUCCGAGUCCGAAUCCAGCUCUGAAUCGAAGGCCGAUCGCAGGCUCCAAACAGGCCCAAAAUUUAAAUCCAGCAGUGCAGGACCGAAUGGGCCUAAAGAACAGGGCGCCAAAAUGAGCCGCUCGAAAUCUAGCACAUCUGUAUCAAACUCGUCUGAGACGGAGUCUGACUCGGGUUCUGAUUCGGAUUCGGAUUCCGUAUCUGAAUCUGAAUCAGGCUCCGAAUCCGAACCCGCGGCUGCACCUACGCCUGCGCCCCAGCCUAAAUCAAAUCCUCACUCCGGACUAUACAAAACUCAACUGAAACAGUCCCAAGAACAGGCAUCCAAACGAAAAAGCACCUCGGAGCCCAAUGCGACGGUCUCAACCUCGACCUCAGCAAAACCAACCACAUCACGCGGAAGUAGCAAGGCAGUAGAUCGUGCUACCCCUGGCAAGAAAGAGAUAAAACCUCCCACUAAGAAGCCCAAGAUUGUGGAUAACUAUGUCAAGACGAAAAAAAACCGACCCUACUAA